AUGGACAAUGAGCGCAAUGAACGCCAGCCGACGCCGAGAGCGACCACAGCGGCACGGGGACCCAGCGGGGGCAUGGCAGGAAGACAGUUUCAUGUUUUAAUGGACUUGCUUUCAUGGCGGUCAAUAUCACUAUUGGACUCUGCAUUUGGUAUGACUUUUAAACGACCUAUUAAACAGUGUUUAAACUUCACCGGUGAAUCUUUCGAGUAUAGACCCACAGUUGGAAUCCAGUUUUUUAAAGAUGCUGGUAAAGAAAAAAAGAAAAUCUCACCUAUGAUUCGGCUUCCUACUUUCACAGAUUCGGAAUUGGAGAAGCUGAUAGACUCCAGUCUCCGGGCCCGCCAGAACUCGUACAGCCCAUACAGCAAGUUUGCGGUAGGAGCAGCCCUUCUGACGGACGCGGGAGAGGUCAUUGAAGGGUGUAACGUCGAGAAUAUUUCGUAUGGACUGACGGUUUGCGCCGAAAGGACCGCCGUUUGCAGUGCCGUCGCCAAGGGUUACCGGAAGUUCCGGGCAAUCGCCAUCAGUGCAGAGAUGGGGCAGAGGUUCGUGGGCCCGUGCGGCGCGUGCCGCCAGACUCUGGCAGAGUUCGGACUGGACUGGGAGGUUUACCUGACUAUGCCCAACAAGAUUUACAUGAAGACCACCGUCGGCAAACUGCUUCCGGACAGUUUUAAUCCUGAAUGGGUUACAUUCACUUAAGGCUUCGCCGCUAUCACUUAUGCUGUACACAUGCAUCUCAUCUUCAUGUGCUCUGUUUUCACAUACAAAAAAAAAAAAAAAAAAAAAAAAAAAAAAAAAAAAAAAAAAAAAAAAAAAAAAACGUAAGUUUGCCAUUAUGUAAAUCGUACAGAAAACGUAAUUGAUGACAAAGUAAGAAAUUAUUUGGAAAUGCUAACAAUAAUUAUUACAUUCGAAAUGUAACUGUGCGAUAUAAUGUGAAUAUGCUGAUUAUAACGCUGACAAUAAUGGCAAAAAGGGCGUUAAUAGUUGAAAUUGUUAAAUUUGUAAUAAUGAUUAAAUGGCAUUAACAAAAAUGACGGUAAAGAAAACAAGCUUAAUACUUGGACUGAUAAUAAUGGUACUCUAAGCAUUCAACUAUGUCAAGCAUCAGGUCCAUGGUGUCGUAUUUACACCCAAGCAGAAAAAUAUUAACAACAUUAAUAAUGAUACUUAUGAUUAUAUUUACAUAAAUUGUAGUUGUAACCAUGGCCCCAGUAAUAAGUUUAUUUGAAUCAGACUGGACAGCUUCUUUUAAAUGAUAUUACCCUGCAAUUCAAGAAACAAGCAACAGUUUUGCCAGUGAUGACCGUGACCCGAUUACGACAGGGACCAACACUCCACUGCCGAACACAAAGGCUGCGUGUUACUGUUCAGGUUCUGAGAGUGUGGAUGACGAGGAAGAAAACGUGCAGAUGUUCCCUUUGUAUGCCUAUGUAAAUACGUCUGACAUUUUGAUUUUGAAACCUAUUUUUAACUGUGUGUCAUUACAAUAAAAGUGUCAUUUAAAGAG